UGUGAUUUUGAUGCCUGUUUUUUUGUUUAAAUGUGUGUGUGUGCUCACAGUGGCUGUUGGUCUAUUAGUUUGCCCAGUUGCUCUAGUGUUACCAGUUUCCUGCUCGACAAAGUUAGCCAGCUCUCCCCGGGCCUUAUCUUGAUUGGAUUAGGGGGAGGACGGGGUGGGAGAGGCGAUCCGUCGUUUGACGAUCCACAUGCGCUCCCAGUUGCACUGUGUCUACAGGGAGCACAGACCGGUCGACCUCCUUUCACAGCCUCAGAGGUCCGGAUGGACAGGAAGGCUGGUGCUGCCGAUGAGGACUUCUUCACCCAGGAUAACCCUCGUGAACCCUUUUUUUUGACAGGUCAAAGCUCAGUUAAUUGACGGAAGCACAAAGUAGCUCGGAAUCUUUGGAGACUGUCGGGAACGAGCGCAGGGAUUUUGCCAACAACUUUAGUCUCCCCAACUAGAGAAAGCAGCCAAUCAUCUGCCAACCUCAUCCAAUGAAAGGCGAGGAGAGCGGUGCUGAGUGGAAGUGGGGAGCUGAAGCGGGGUCGAGCGCAGGGCCUGGUGAGUCCAGGGGUGAUGUAUGGGAAAAGAAUUGCUUUCAAUGUAAACACAUAUCACCAUGGCAACGCUGAUGCCAACCUGGCACGAGAGGACCUGGACCACACUCCUGCUCUUACUCCUCCCUGUUGACUUGUUCAACCACCAGGUGACGGGCUCCGUGCUGGAAAGUCUCAUAGCCAAACGGACCGAGUACCGGGAGAACUGCAACAGAACUCUGGUGCACUCAGGAGCACUCUCUAAAACUGGAAACUACUGUAAAGGAACAUUUGACACGUUUGUGUGUUGGCCCCAUUCAUCUCCUGGGAAUGUGUCGGUCCCAUGUCCCUCUUACUUACCAUGGAUCAGCGACGAUGGCUUCAGAAGGGCACACAGAGAAUGCUUAGAAAAUGGGAGAUGGCGACAGCGGGAGAAUUCCUCUGAGCCCUGGAGAGAUGACUCAGAAUGUCAGGAGGACCAGUACUUUAAAGACAAGGAGGAUGAAAUGCUUCGCCAGACAGCCCUCAGGCUCAUCUCUGUCAUUGGCUAUUCCCUGUCGCUGACCUCACUCACGCUGGCCACUCUCCUGAUGGGCAUGCUGAGGAAGCUCCACUGCACCAGGAACUACAUCCACAUGAAUCUGUUUGUGUCGUUCAUCCUGAGAGCCGUGGCCGUCAUUUCGAAGGAAAUCAUAUUAUACGUCAUGUAUUCCAACCUACCCAGGGACGACCUCGGAUGGAACUCCUACUCGAGCUCUGCGAUGGCUUUCAUGUGCAAAUUCUCCAAAGUGUGCAUGGAAUACUUUGUGGCCUGUAACUACUUCUGGCUCUUGGUGGAGGCCAUUUUCCUCCACACACUGCUCUUCACUGCUGUGCUGACUAAGAGACGACUGCUGAAGAAGUACAUGCUGCUAGGAUGGGGGACUCCCAUCUUGUUUGUGACACCAUGGACAGUGGUCAAGAUUAUAUAUGAAAACACAGAAUGCUGGUCGAUCGUGAACAGAUGGUUCUGGUGGAUAAUAAGGGGCCCGAUUACUUUGUCAGUGCUUGUCAUUUUCUUCAUAUUCAUCAAAAUCCUGAUGCUGCUGCUGUCCAAGCUGAAAGCUGAUCAAGUGAAGUUUACAGACUACAGAUACAGCUUGGCAAGAGCAACACUGGUCCUGAUCCCUCUGCUUGGAAUCCACGAAGUGGUCUUCACCGUGCUGAUCGAUGAAUGUGUGGAGGGCAGCAGCCGCUACGCCAGGAACUUCCUCAACCUCACCCUCAGCUCCUUCCAGGGGCUCCUGGUGGCCGUGCUGUACUGUUUUGCUAACGGAGAGGUCCAAGCUGAACUGAAGAAGCGCUGGCAGCUUUUCCUGUUCACCAACCACUACCAGGUCAGGGGCUGUUUCCGGGGCGCGACUCUCAAGCACCUGUGGAAGUGCACUCGAGGGCACCGCCCGCAGCGCGCUCGGCAGAAUGACUCGUACGACGAGGGCGGCACCAGCGCCACUCGCCCGCGCCUGCAUCAGGUGGCCGUGCACGGGGGGAGCGGAGUGCUCGGCCUCGGAGAGGUCAAAGGCCAGGGGCUGAAGGACUGCGAUGUGGCGGGUCUCGACUUUCUCACCAGGAAGAGCCUGUCGAGCAGUGACGGGGAGAUGACGCACGGCGAAACCCUGGAGGAGAUUCUGGAGGAGAGCGAAUUCUGAUCCCCCGUUAGCCUCCCGGUACUUUGUCAACUAGAACGGUUGGCCCCCAUACCGGCAUGCACGUGGUGCGAGACUGAAGUAGUGAUUAAGAAACACUAUUCUUCCAAUAUGGAUUACAAACCGGGCACAAAUGGCAUCUGGGCGUUUAUUCCCAAAUAAACUACCUCAAAGUAGUUUACACACAGACACACAGAGAGCCAUAUGGUCAUAUCAUAGAGGCAAGUUCAUCCACACAUUCUGGUAAAAUAGGCAGCGAUGGAUGGAGUCUGGGUGAUGUGGUGAAUGCAGGGCAAGGGCGAGCAAAGGGCUAACAUGUUAGCAGAGCGGUACUCUCUCUUUGCAUCUUGUUCUCGUGACUGUAGGUCAUUUGUUGUCUUGUUAGCUGGGCUGCUUUGUCUUAUUGAACUCAAGUACCGUCCAAAUGAAUGUAUUUCUACCAUUGACUCCUUAAAAAAACAUGGCUCUGUUGUCCAGCAAAGAAGGAGGUUCAAUAGAAAUAAAAGUGGAUAAUGCUGUACGGCUGAUUGGCCAUGAAACCCUUCUCCAUUGUGGGUUCUCUGAUUCCCUACAGGGCCGAGAGGAGCAAUGUUGGAAUUGUCAUUUGCUAUCAGUCAACGUUCAUCAAAGCUGGAUUUGAUAUAUUUCUGCUAGUGCAGAUUUACUUUGUCAACGCAAAUGACCAAAGGUGGAGAUUCUAUGGAAUUGAGAUGAUUUUUGUUCCACGCGAGCGGGCAUUUCUGAAACACCAUGCAAUUUGGUGACUCAUAAACCAAGCUAGGAAUGUUGUGAAUUCUAAUUAUGAUCUGGGAAUUUGAGGCAGUGUGAGACAUUUUGGCAAGUGAGUUUAUUUGCAUGAAUUUACCAGAAUGAAUUUUUACAACUGUGUGUACAUAUGAAUUGCAUUUUAUCAGAAACCAGAUGGAUGAUUCGGAGGAAUGAAAAGUUAAGGCAUUUUCUACUAUUUAUGAUUUAAUCAUAUCUUUUUCGCUGCAGUUCACGUCAUUCAUCCACAGAGUCUUUAUUCAGAGCUUAUAAACAAGUAUUCUUGAGUACUCUCUUCAUUCUUCAUGCAGGCAUAUGAUGUUCUUUUGGUAUUUGUACGUACACAGUGAAUCUCCUUCUAUACAAAUGGAAUUACAGUGUUGAGCAUUUUUUUCAUAGAUUUGUGUUUUUGUUUGUUUGUUUUUUUUACCAUAAAAAUAUAACAUCUUCCAAAUUCAGGCCAGUUCUAAAUAUUCAUAUGACACAGGAUCUGGAUUAAAAAGUGCAUGUAAAUACAAUGUAUAUUUGUUUGUCUGAAUGUGAAUACUGAGGCUCUAUGUGCAGCAAGUUUUUACAGGCUUUACAUGUUUUCUACCCUUAUGAUGCUUUAAAUGUAUCAAAGAAAUUGUUGUACAGUUAAAAUGAUCACAUGAUUUGCACAUGUAGUCUCACAAUAUUGUUUGUUCACAAAUAAACCCGUGGUUACUGUUGGUGUCGUACA